CCGAGCGUGGAACCGCGGCAGCUGCAUCCCCUGCAGGCUGGCGGGCCGCCACUGGCAGGAGAAAGGACACAAGGCCUGCGUGGUGGGAAAGCAUGGGAGACGUCGCCUUCCUACGGGGCGAGAAGGUCUCCCUACAGUCUUUGGAGACCAGAUGGAUGGAGGUAUCCGUUUCAGGAACAAGGCGGCUGCUCCUGAGGCCUGGCUCCGCACGGAGGCUCCUGGGUCCCGCGCGCCCUCUCCCUACCCGCUGUAGCCAGAGCUGCUUCACACAUCUCAGCUGGCUUCCUCUUCCGCCUCUGCCUCCUCUUCCUCCCCAGCCGUCCUUGGAACAGCAAGGUCCCCAGCCCGUGGGAAAGACCUAGCCUCCUCUACAGCACUUGUAGAGGGAGUCGGAUAGACGUCUCUUAACACCAGGAGGACAGAGACACCUUCCCUUGCUGCUUCUCUUGGCGCAGCCGGUCCAGGGGGCUGGCUCAGGGCCCAGGACUCCUCGCUCCUCCUGGAGGGCCUGGGUCGCGUGGCCCAGGAGCUGGCCACAUGGGCAUCUCCCGCACUGCUCCUCAGGGAACGGGAGGCAUUAUCCUGCAGGGCCCACUCUUACCCAUGAAAGACGCUCGGGAAAUGCUCCCGCGGAAGCCGGAGCUCUGCGCGUUUGACCACUUCGGGGUUAAGUUUCCGUCCGCCCAUCCUUCCUUUGGAGGGUCUUGGGGGAGAGGAGAAAUGCUCGAGGACGAUGCGCUUUGCAGCGUCUCAACCGAGACCAGAGGAAAGGAGGGUGCGUCUUCCUGGAAGAAGGUGGCCCGAGGCCUGCGAUCGCAGGGAGGCUCGCGGAGCGGGAGCGCCCUCUCUCCGCCGAGCUAUCCAGCGGCUUGCAGCAUCCCACCUGGCGGACUCCUCUUCCUCUCGCUUCUCCUACUGCGGGUCUUCUAUCCUGGUGUUCAUUGAAUGCCUAUCUUCCUUUUGUGCCUCGGAACCUCUCACGCCCGCCACAAGUUACUGAUUUCCUUGGUUGUUCUGAACUUUAAAUAAGGUAAUGCAUGCAAGAGUGCCAUAAAUGCUCAGUAAUUGUCAUGUUAUUAUUUUCAUCAGUAACAUCAUCUGAGUCAUCAGUAUUGUCUUUUUAACAGCUGCGUUUUUCAUCGUCCGUAUAUAGUCACAUACAUUUGAACACUUUGUAAUUAUUGAGUAAUAAAUUCGUUCUGCUAUUUUACAAUAAAAAAUAAUGCCGCAGAAUGUAUUCUUACACAUAUACCUUGGCAGAUGUAGGACAGAGGCUCUUCUUUUACCCAUCCUGUGGCUAACCUAUCAAUGUAUACACCUUUAAUGAGAUUUUGCCAGCAGUCAAAGCCUUCAGGGAAAAUGUCCCUAGCUCUUUACCACAUCGGAUCAAGGACUCUGGACAAUUGGCACAACAUCCUGGAAUCGCUGAAACGGAGAUAUUAUUCUCUGCUCUCCUCUGUUGACUGUGUCUUUUCACGACGUCUUAAUGACAGUGCUGGCGACAAGAGUGUAACCAUGUCAGUGUUCUCCUGCUGUUCUUGCCUGUGUGGGUCUUCUCCCAAACCCGACUUUCCUCCAGCAGCUGCACUGAAAAAGGGGAGGGGGCUGCGGGGUGGGGGGUGGGGCGGUGGGAAGGGGAGGGGAGGGGAGGAGGAAAUAAACUGAAUAGGGAGGAAGCUUCUCACAGGCCAGGAGAAGGUAAGGACGGGAGUCAAAGACAGAAUUUUCUUCAGCAAACAGUAAAAGGGGAAAUUUGCAGAAGCUAAGAGUUUUUAAACCCUUUGCUCCAUCACAUAAGUAAUCCCUGAUUUUCUGUUACACAAAUCAGCACUCCUAGUCCUCCCUCCCUCCUCACCCCCAAUUCUGAUUCCUGUUUACAAAGAAUGUUCAAAAGCAAGGAAUUAUGUAUAACAGUUCCCAGUUUACUCAGGAAAUUUUCAGAUUACAAAGAGACAUUACAAAUAAACAAGUGAAGAGAAGAACCUUGGUGGGUCCAACAUAGUAUGGCCAUCAUUUUAUACUCAAAAUAUAGAAAGACAACCUCAGAAUAAGAAAACUUUUAGAAUUGAAUAAAUCAAGUUUAUUAUUAAAACGCAAAG